AUGCCUUUGGAAGACUCUUUUUACGUUGUCGACAUUGGUGUCCUCGUUUCUCAGGUCUACCAAUGGAGACGAGUCUUUCCACGUGUGGAGCCUUUUUACGCUGUCAAGUGCAACCCCGACCCUCUAAUUGUCAAGACCCUAGCGACGCUAGGCUGCAACUUUGAUUGUGCGAGUCGCAACGAAAUACGUCUGGUGAUGGAAGCCACAAAAGACAUGCCCACCAAGCCCGACAUCAUCUACGCCAAUCCCUGCAAAUCGCGACUCGGGCUCCUCGAAGCCGUUUGCAAGGGCGUUAAAAUGGUUACCUUCGACAACGAAAUGGAAGUUCAAAAGUGUGCCUCCAUUUCGAAAAACAUUCAACUCGUCCUCCGCAUCAUCACCGAUGACCGGGGAUCCCAGUGUCGUCUUUCUUCCAAGUUUGGUGCGCCUCGUCACAAAUGGCGCCUAUUGCUGGCCGCUGCACAAAAGCACGGCCUCCAAGUGGUCGGGGUGUCCUUUCAUGUCGGCUCCGGCUGCCGCGACGCUUCCCGCUACGAAGCAGCCCUGAAAGACGCCAGGGAAAUCUUCGACCUUGCUGGAGAGUACGGCAUGAAUAUGCAAGUCUUGGACAUUGGCGGUGGUUUCCCGGGAGAAACACACAGGGAUGGCCACUUUAUGUAUUUCACUGAAAUUGCCGAACAAGUGGCUCCGCUCAUUGACGAAAUGUUUCCUCCCUCCGUUCGCAUCAUUGGUGAACCUGGACGCUACUUUGUCGCUGCCUGUGCUACUUUGUGCUGCUCCGUAAUUGCGGCUCGUACGAAUGAAAUGAAUUCUUCCUUCGAACCCGAAGCGAUUGAUGACAAGGAGGCCGCCGAAAACCUGCCCCCUCUCCAGGACGACUACUCCUACUACAUCAACGAUGGUGUGUACGGGGCCUUCAACAACAUUAUGUUCGACCAUGCCACGGUGCGUCCUCGCAUUCUUGGACCCGGAGAAAAGAUUGUAGCCACGGAAGAGGAUGUGUUUGGACCUACAUGCGACUCGAUUGACGUGAUUGCCCGAUCGGUUCUACUUCCCAAACUCAAGGUGGGCGACUACAUGUAUUUUCAAAACAUGGGAGCUUACACUAUGGCAGCUGCCAGCUCGUUCAACGGUUUUACUCCUAGCGAGAAGUUCUAUGUUUGCUCCGUC